AUGUCUAAAUUAGCUUCAAUAUUAUUGAUUAUAUUAUUAUUAUUAUUAUUAAUAUUAAUAAAUAAUGUUAAUUGUUAUAGUUGUGAUUGUUCAUGUUGUACAGGUUCUGGUUGUUCAUUAGUUAAUCAGGGAACAAUAUCAGUAUCAACAUGUGCUUCAACAACAUGUACAGAUGCUUGUAAAUCAAAGUAUACAACAUGUGCAUCAGGAUCAUCAAGUGCUGUUUGUUCAGAUAUAAUUCAUUUUAUUGAAAUAUAUUAUUUAAAUAGUCGAAAUUUAAAUAAAGAAUAA